AUGCGGUUCCGAAAUACCCACCCCGAAUCCGAUUCGGUAACCCAAAUGCCCAGCCCUACUUUGAAGGUUACUGUGUCCGUACCGGACUGGUCUCUUCUCCCUGUAGAGCUACUCCACAUCAUCUCCAAGAAUCUGGAUGACUGUUUCGAUGCUCUUCAUGCUCGCUCUGUUUGCACCCUGUGGCGAUCCAUCUUUCCCUUUCCUUCUCACCUAUCACGCCCAAGUUACACUCUUCCAACGCUCGAUAACAAAGGCUCGUGGAGCCUCGAAAGGAUCCCUCUGUUCCUCUUUAGACCCCGAGCUCUUGCUGCUUCUGAGUAUUUCUUGGGAGGAAUAAGGCGAGAUGAGGAGCCAGAGGAGGAGGAGGAACUUCUAUCUCCUAUGCAAUGCACAGUGAAAGUGGAGAUUCUAGGAUCAUCUGAUCGGAGGUUGAUGAAUAUGAAAGACUGCCAGAUCCUCCCUCUUGGCCAUCAGUACAGAAUGAUUGGUUGCAAUGCUAGAGAGUACAGAAACGUGGCUGUUCUUCCUCUAAACCAGGAGGGAGGAGGAGGAGAUUUUGUUGUUCUCCUUAACUUCACUAGAGUUAUGUUUGUGUUUAGAAGUGCUGAAAUGAGGUGGAGGCGGUUACAGCCAUUCACAGAUGCUACUUGCGAGGAAUUAGUCACUUUUAGAGGCAAGUUUUAUGCAAUCUUUAUCAGCCGAGAGGUUUUCGCUUUCGAUCCUCAUUUCCUGGAACUGACUCCCCUGAAGCCCUUGGAGCUACCAAACUGUGGUUCAAGCAAUGAUCUGGUUCAAUCUGGCGACGAUGAACUUUUCCUUGUUGAGACAAUCAUCCCUCGUAAUGAUGAUGUGUUAGACUUCAAUCGGUUAACGCUAAGAGUGUGUAGGCUAGAUGUGGAGGCUGGUCAAUGGGUGGUGGUCACCGAUAUAGGAGACCGUGUGUUUAUUAUUGGAGACUUGGGGAGUGUCUCAUGCUCGGCUAAAGAGUUUCCUAAUGGUUGUGGUGUGAGUGGGAACUCAAUUUUGUAUACUAAUCUGCCAUGGAAUGAAACAUACUUUUACAAAUAUGGUUUAGAUACAGGACGCGAGGAAGACGACCUCAACUGUUGGAGAUUUUCAAGAGAGAAUCUGGUGACUAUCCUCAGCACUUCUCCGGUGGUGGCUCUGCGGGUCGAGCGAUCUCCCCAGCUGGAUGCAUUACCUUACUAG